AGGGGUCCUGGUCAGGACAAGGCAGAUACAUCCUUGACCCUUGACCUUCCCCCGCUACCUCCAUAGCACUCAGCCGGGGGUGGGUGCCGGGGUAGAGGGCGUGGGGUCUUGACAGUGAGGGCUCUGCAGGGAGCGGGCCCAGUGCCACACUCAGGCCAGGAAGGAGCCGCAGAUGGCGAGCAUGGCAGUGAGCCCCCCAUGCUCCACUCUGGGUCUGGAGACCAGCCCCCCACCCAGCACCCUGCUUGGGCAAGGGGGAGAAAUGAGCUCCAGCAGAGCAGGUCCAGGGUGGGGGGCAUCUGAAAAGUGGCUGCAGGAGCCUGUGGAGGAGGAAUGGGCCAGGGCUGCAGUGCGGGGAGCCCUGUCUGAGGAGGGUUUCCCAAAGCCAGGGAUCCCCGCCCUCAGCCUGGACCCUCGGAGUGGGCUCCCCUCCCCAACACAAAGGGAGGCCAAAGUUGGAAAGCUCCAAGGGCCUGGCAGGCCAGCUCUGGUAGGUGACUGUGUGGCAGAGCCCAGCCCCCAGACCCCCUGCAUGCCCCUGGCCCUGACUGCCGCCGCCCGUAGGCUGCUGAUCCUGAGGCUGCUGCUGGGCACCCUGCUGGUCGCCUACAUGUACAUGGUGAACCCCAGGCCCUUCGAGGGGCUGGUGCCGCCCCUGCUGAGCCGUGCCACCGUCUGGAAGCUCCGGGCCCUGCUGGAGCCCUUCCUGCGCCUUGAGGUGGACGGCUUCCUGUCCUUCUAGGCCGGAGGCCCAGCGGCCCCAGCAAGGAGGUGGCCAGGCGACCAGCGCUGCCCCAGACGCCCAGUGGCUGCGCUGGCCCCCUGCACACGGCACCACUGUGCACCGUCCCUGCCAGGAGCUGCAGAGAAGGGGGGUGGCGGGGUCUGUCCCGAGGGUUGGGCCUGUGGUUGGACAUAGAGUCAUGACAUAUGUAGCUGGUGAGCACGUCUCUGUGGAAAUUGGGGAAGGGACGCUGGGGCGAUCCGGCAGCGAGGGUCCCUCAGGGUGGAGACCCCAGCUCAGGGCCGGCUUCCCACCCCACAUCCCACCUGCCCUCCAGAAGGCAGCCCCUCUGCACGGGGCUCUGACCCCCCAAGGCGUCUUAGGAGGGUCUCCACUGAAAGGCAACAGCAGUAAGGACUGGGGGCUCCUCAGGUCUUGCCCCCUGGGCCAGGCCCUCCCAGGGACCUCAGAGGUCAGGUUUUCAGCGCUGAACCUGCUGAUCCACUGACCUCAUGCCCCUCAUGCAACUCCCCUCCCUUCCUGGCCACCACCCUCCCUGCCCAGGUCCUGUCACCUCCCCAACCCAGGGCCCUGUCCGGUCCAGGGGGCCACACUGGUAGACAGAACUGUGGAGAUCAACACCAAAAAUUGUAUCUGGGGAAUUAAUUAGCAGGGAUACCCUUAAGAACAAUAGAGAAUGGUUUUGUGGCUUUCUCAUCCCAAAAUGGGAGAAAUAGAGCCGCAGCCCAAGGUAAACCAGGGACAGGGACCCUGUGCUGGAGAAGGGCUGGACGGGAUGCCACGCUGCCAUAGGCUGUACCACUGCUGAAGGACACAGGACUUGGGCCUCGGGCCCUCUGAGCUCCCAGCGGCAUCAUCUUUGGGUGCAGGCAACCCCAGUGGGGCCCAGGCAGAGCUGGCCAUGACCACAGGACCUUGGUGGCAGGCAGGGGCCAAUGGCUCACCAGGCUGGCGGCUCCAGGAAGUUAAGUCAUCUGUUCAUGUGUCAGGGGAAGGGAAGGAGGAGUACAGAAACCUUCGGGGGCAACCUGAGACCCCCCCCCCAGCCCACUCCACGGAGGCCUGGGCUCCCAGAGAAGGAAGUGGCUUAGUCUAAAGAGGUUGGUUGGGCAGGGAGGCUGGGCAAAGGUCGUGCUGGUCCCCACAGCUCUGGGGCUGCCCCCUGUGGGGUGCUGCACCCCCUGCAGCAGGUGGGGGACUCCUUGAGGUCACGUGGACACAGGGUCUCGGGCGCUGGCAGGCUGGGAGUCUGUCAAGCUGUGGCUGGUGGAGAAGAGAGACCAGCCCACCCCCAGCCCUGCCCCAGGGUCCAUGGCAGUCUGACCUCCUGGGUCCCCAGCUGGGCUGCCCCAGACCCCAGAGCCGCCUAUUUGUCAUCCUGUUAGGGCCCGGAAAGGCUGGGGAAAAGACUGGAGGCAGCCAAGGGCAGGCAGCACAUGGCCCCGCAUGGGGGUGCCCCAGCGACCAGGCUCCAGGGGGCCCGCAGUGGUGGGUGGUCCUCCGGGUGGCCAAGGUGGCACAGGUGCAGCCCAGGAGGCACCCAAGGCUGGCCACACUGCCCCCAUCCACAGGUGCAGGUGCCAAUCCACCCCGUGGGCCAUGGCAUCCAUGAGAGAGAGAAGCAGAAAGUUGGUCAGCACGGCACCAGCUUCAGGGCCCUAGAGCUCACACCCUUCCCGCAUUGAGAUAGCCCCAGCCCAGGAUGUCUCAGCCCCGAACAGCUGUGCACCCCUCACACUCCCUCAGCGCUGCCCCUGGCAUUUGGCAGGCAGGAGAGUUCUAGCAGGUUCAGCAGCCCCUACAGGGCCCUGAGCCAGCAGGUGGCCCCUAUGCACCCCCAUUUCAUCUCCCCAAGCUCUCGGGUUCCUGGGAUUCCCUGUGGGUAGCGGCAGACCCAAGUCUUUCCCCCAAACACCCUGUCACUGCCAGAACUGAUGCAGACCCAAGGCGAGAGACCCUCACACUUCCCAGCCACAGACCAUCGGCCACCCCCUCCUUCCAAGCCUCUGACUCAGCCCAAGUCCACAGAAAUGCCCCCAAGGAACCCACCGACCCCUGCACACCAGACAGCAGCCACCCCCUCUUCUGAGGCCUGGCCCCUGCCCUCCCCUAACUCUGGGGGUCCUGCAGCAACAGUCCUGGCCUUGCCCGAGGAAAGAAUCAAAAUAACUUUUUUAAAAUAAAAUUAUAGAUAUAUAGAUGUAGAUAUAAAAACAUAAAACAGAAACAACGCAA